UUGCAGGAUCGAGUUGACUUGGCCGAAGAAUUAAGCAGAUUGCUGCCUCGACGAGUUCAUGUUUUAGCUACAAGCCUGAGAAUACGUCUUUUCGUACGCCAAGUGCGUUUCUGGGAUGCGCUGGAAGAAAUCGAAAAAGUACUAAAUGAGGAUGUGUCAUGUUUGCAUGUGCAUACGAAAAUCUGUAAAUCAGUAAUGGAUGAAUUUUAUUCGGCAAUCUCGAGUCGCGAUGACGCUGUCGACGAGGCAAAGCGAUUUUUCACGCUUCAAAAACUUCUCAGCAAAUACAACCGGAGGACGACGAGAUCACUGUCUGAGUUACUUCUCUCAGAUAUGGCUCUCCCAGUGGCAAAGGGAUUUAUGGAGGAUAUUAAAAUUGAAGAAAAGUUAUUGGACAGAAUUGUUGAACACGUUCCAGAGGUGCUUACGGACGACAGGUUGUAA